AAACUGGCAACCCGAACCCGCAAACGGGUUUUGUCACCUUUAGAAAAAUGUACCAGGGUUAAUGUAGAUUGUUCCCCCUUAAUCAAAUGAAAAGCACCUUGUGUCCAUGUACAAAAGUGCUUCAACCAGUGUUAUGUAACAAUUGGUGCUCACUCUGCCUGGAAUUUUAGGGAUAAUACUUCAGUCAAUUGGAGAUCAAUCCAGCAUGUACAUUGGCACAAUUGUGCAUUACUGACUGACAGCUUAGAGCUGACAGGCCCUUCAGCCAGUGAACCUCCUUAGUUUGACAGCUAAGAGUCCCCUUUCAAACCGCUACUUCCUCAGAGUCCCCUCCUCAGAAAUGGUGCCGCACUCAUGAUUACUCCCUCCAAAUGCUCAACUAAUGGUUCCUGCAUAGACACAUUCUAAGCUAACUGUGAACUUCUGACACAUUUCCCUCUGGGGUCCCCCUCCUAGCAAUGGCCUUCUGUCAAAUGUUCUCCUCUGCCCAUGAACCACCCUAUUAAUCCUCAUCCCUGAAAUGCCCUGCCCCCACUUCUGUCAUACCACUUGUCCUGGCUACCAGAUGUCCCAAACUGAGCCAACUGUGGCUCACCAGCUGCUAGUACAGGUGCCAAAUCAUGACUUAUAGCUGAUGAACCAAAUAAUGCGGAUGCUUGGAUUCCAUUGACAGCUGCCUCACCCCCCUCCAUUGGGCCCCUCCAGGGCCAAAAGAAAGUGCCAAUCAUCCCUCAUUAGGGCUCUGCUUUGUCAGAGCUGUUCAGAUCCAACAGAGCAACAUUAUCUUUUGAUGAUGAUGAAUAAUUUUUUGCAAAGGAUUCAACAGUGUCACUUGAGAGUGUUCAGCACCAGAUCCUGUAGGUAUUUUGACCUGUAUAGGGGGAUUGGAUACUUUAGGGGCAGUUGUUGGAUGAUGUGGCCAGGAUGCAUUUUAAAGGGUGGGGUGAGGAGGUUGGAUCUUCUUUGAGAUGACAGCCCAUUCACUACACCUGCAUCAGUUUAAGGCAGCCCUAGUGCGGAUGCAGGGUAAAGCUUAGACUGUUUCAGAGUGGCUAGUGUGAACACACUCUUUCUUUGUGUUUCAGAAGUUGAAGCACAAUGGAUUGAGCAUUUGUAAUACUGAAAAGCUAAUAUUUAAGAAAUUCAGUCAAAAAAAUGACAAAACUAACCAAAUAAUAAAUAUUAACGUUCUAUAAAGAAGUUAUACAGACUAGCAGGACAGUUUCAUUGUGCGGACAUCUAGAUGGACUGAUCUACGAAGGUUGUCAGAAUUACAAGACAAUAAGAAAGUAGUGAUGGAAUCGUUGGAUACGGGGUCUAAAGCAAAGAAAACUCUAGGAAACGUUGACUAUGUAGAGUCAUCAGAAUUUUCCCAAGGAAUUCUGCCUACAAAUAAGGAUGUCAUUCAGAACAUGUUGUAUCUGUUGCAACCCAAAAGAGCUGGGCAAGCACAACGAUCAAAAGAAGAUGCAGCCCAAUUGCUUGCUGAACUUCUGCAGGAACACUGGUUGUUUUGCAACUUACACACCAUAGCAACAAAAAAUAUAAAGAAGAAUAUUCUCAAAAUGUAUGAGGAAUUCACAAAACUCUAUCAAACCAGAAAGCAGAGACAAAAUCAGUCAUUUACAGAGAAGGCCGACACAUUCAACAGGAGUUCAGAACAGCUCUUUGACAUAUUUUGUACAGACACAGUGAUAAGAAAUGAGCUGGAACAAUACAGUGGUAUAAAAAUGACAGACGUUGAGUGGAAAUUUCUUGAAAACCAAAGAAGUGAAAGAAAAAUGUACCAUAAAGAUUUCAUGGACAAGAAAGAAAUUAAGAUGAUGGGAAGAAGAAAACUACAGUGCCUGGAGCACUUGAGAAAAAUUACAGAAAAAAAAGAAGCAAGUGAAGUCAAAGAAGAGACUUACAAAACUGAUGAGAAGUCAGAUGAAGGUAUGAGUGUAAAUGAAUCAUAUGUUGUAGAAGAGGAGGAGGAUGAAGGUGUUCCAGAUUUUUCAUCUAAGGGGAAAAGAAAGCGUCCAUAUUCUACGUGGACUGCCAGCUCUCCAACAUCAGCUGGUGAUAGUAUGCCUCUUGAGUGUCAACAUAUACGUAUGAGCAUCAGGAAAGUUAGGCCUGGGUUCUAUGAGACUGUUGAUAAGUUUAAAAACUGCUAGUACAUGUCAGUCUCAAGCUGAGGCUACUGUAGUAGAAGUUAGCAACAAAAUAUUUAGGACAUCUUGAAAUACCAUGAUCAUUUGGAAGUCCCUGAUGUAGAUACUCUAACAACAUUCAGAAACAUCCACCUGGGAGUGAAGAGCAUUGAAGUAAUGAGAUUGGCAGAAACUGUAAAAGAUUAUGAACUCGAAAGGAAAAAGCAGUUAUUAACUAAUGAUAUGAAGGCUUAGAGAUAGAUGAUCUGGAGGUUAUGUAGCAGUACAAGUCUCUAUCUAAGGCCCUGACUGUACUAGACUUUUUUGGAUGAAUGUUCACUAAGGAUACAGUUAAGAGUACCAAAUACUUGACAUCUAAGACAAUAUAUAAAAUCUUCAUUUCCAGAA